CAAUAGUACUCCGAGUGCAACUGUUUAUGUCAAAUUGUUUUGUGUUCUACUUGUAGCCCUGGUUGUCCUGAAAAUAAAAUGCUCAAACACUUAACUGUGAGACUAAAUAUAAGGGUUGGACAUUAAGAUAAAUGAAAGUCAGAUAAAGGAAAAGCCGUUUUUUUGCUGCGGCCUUGGGACUGAUAGGGUUAACAAAUCACAGUACGUAAUAAGACUGAAACAUGUUAAACAUGUCUGUUUCCUUUGAUUUUCCAAAGGCACGCUCAUUUGAAGUGGAUGUUGUUCAGGAUGGAAAAACAGCUCACUCUCAGCUGAAGAUAUCAGACAAUGGGAAAGUUGUGGAGUGGGUGACACAAAAAGGAGAACCACAGACAGAGAUUGACAACUAUGACGUUGACAAGCAUUUUGAUGAAGACCCCUACGUGUUGGGGAGUAUGGUCCGUGCUAUGAGGGCCUACUGGGAGGUGUGUGUAAAGGAGAACAAGGACUGGGUACUUGGUGUUACCAGGGCAACAGCUAACAGGAAAGGACAGUUGGUUCUCAGCCCUGACAAUGGCUUCUGGGUAGUCAGGAUCUCCAAUGGCGAAAACCUUAAAACAUUCAUGGGUGAGGAUGUCCUUAAAGAAAGAAUUCCACACCGAGUGGGUAUCUAUGUGGAUUAUCAGGAAAGGAAGGUGACUUUCUACAAUGCAGAAGACAGCUCACUCAUCUACUCAUUUACCAACGGACCAAGUUAUGAGUAUGAUAUCCGCCCACUUUUCUCACCCUGGAAGUAUGAAAAACAGCCCAUCACAAUUCUGUCCAUUGAAACUAACUACUGUAAAUAAUGUAAAACAUGAAAGGAUCCCCUCUACAUCUGUCAGUAGGAUACUUUAUUGUGAUAGAAAGCUUAACUUGGCUGAGUGGUCUUACAGUAAUAAUGGUCAAUACACAAUUAAUGAAUGGGAAUAAUUAUCACUUCAGUAAUAUUUAGGCAUGUGCUUGAAAUUGUUGAAAAUGUAUGACACUUUUUGCUUAUUAUAGAAAUGGGUUUCUUUCUCAAAUGUACUUUGUAUUCUUUAACUUUGUUGAAUGUAUAACAGCUAUUUCAGUUUUAUGUUUCUCAAACCACACGGAUAUUAGAAGAGAAAUCAUGCAUAAUGCACAGGUAAUGUUAUGCCUCCCUUCAUGCACAUUUACUGUACACUGUAUUGAUCUGUGAAGAAUAAAAUAUUGCUUUCAGACUUGGAUGUGUAUCAGUUCAUGUCUUGUGAUCUCGAGGAUCAAUCAGUUUAUCCCAGCUCUUACAUAAUGUAUAGACUGGGAAGGUUUGUAAUCAGCCAUUGGUAAGCACAACUCUGUAUUAGAGGACUUCGUCUUUACAAUGUCAAGACUGCUAUUCUGGGACCUCAUUAAUAAAAUGUUUGCACCCACAGAUUUGAUUGUAAAUUGUGCUUAUAAGAAAAUCUACAGGAACAUGUGAUUUAUAAAUCGUGAACUUGAAAUGAAAAUAUGGAAUGUAUUUAAAUUCUGAAUGACAUUUUGGGAUUUAUAAAUUAAACAUGUUUUUUUUUGUG